GCCUGUUGGUGCUUAAGCGAGUCGACAGGAAAGCAAAAUGGCGGAUGAAGAUGUUACGCUGGAUGGUAAACCUCUACAAUCGCUUCGUGUGGCGGAUUUGAAAGCCGCUUUGGAGCAACGAUGCCUCCCUAAAAGCGGGGCGAAAAGUGCACUCAUUAAGCGAUUAAAAGGGGCGCUGAUGUUGGAGAAUCUUCAGAGGACCUCCACUCAUCAUAGUGGGCUCCAGCCCAACUCCCAGAUUGGGGAGGAGAUGAGUCAGAACAGCUUCAUAAAACAGUAUCUGGCCAAGCAACAGGAGCUCCUCCGCCAGAGGCUGGAGAGGGAGGCCCGGGAGGCUGCAGAGGCCAAUGAAAGUCCAGCAGGCCCAGAUGAAGAGGAAGAGGAAGAUCACACAGAGGAGGUCAACGACAGCCCUUCAUACUGCCCAGAUAAGCAUCACUCCAUGCCUUCCCAGCCCCCCCUGACCCAGGCUGGAGAAGAGGUUGGAGAUGGCGAGCCAGCUAUGAUGAAACAUGGCAUUCUGGGCCAAGGGAUGAUGCCUCGCAGACCGGACGCCGGCCAAGCCUCCGUGCCCCAAGAGUCGGCCGAUGGCACCGGCGGUCCUGGGUCUCGGAUGCAGCAGCGCCCCUCCCUCCGCCACGAGGAGCCCGCCACCCCCUCUCCGCCCCGCGCGGUGGCGUCUCUGUCAGUGCGAGUGCUGGAGGACGCAGAGCGCCAAGGCCUUCCCCCCUCCAUGCCCCCCCGUUCCCAGGCCCAGGAGAUGGAAGGCACAGCCCCGGAUGAUGAAGAUGACCGGCCAGCCCACUCCGUGCUCCACCUAAGCCGUUCCGCCCGAGCCGUCGCUGGAGCUUCUGCUACCAACCGCCUCCAGGAUGACAGUGACGAUGACGAAGACGAUGACAGCAGUGAGGAAGAUGAAGAGGAGUGGGGACCAGCGGCAGGUGCCAGGAGAGGGGCUGGUGUCGGAGGAGGGCGAGCCCCUCAACCCCAACAGCCUUCCCCCAGCGUCCCAGCGGCCCGAGAAAGAUCCAGACGUAAGCUCCAGCCUCCGCAGCACAUCCCCCCCCAGCAGGUGGUGCACCAACCCCCCAUGCCACUUCGCCAGCCCACACCACCCCCCUCCCCACCACCGGAACUCUCCUUCCCCCUUCCCGACACCCCCAAGCAGAGCCCACCUGAUAUGGAUGAGGAGCCGGAAGCGGCAGGGGUGGCCGUGCGCCUCCUUCCAGGUGGCCUCCAGAGGCAGGACUCUGACUCCAGCUCCCGGUCCAGCAGCCCAGAGCCUCUGGCACAACGCAGACCCGGACCACUGUCCCUGUUGGCCCGCAAGAUGGCAUCCGAGGGAGCAUUCGGGAAGAGAGAGGAGGGGGCUUCAGACAGCCAGACAGAUCCCGGGGUCGUCUCUACACAUGGAGAUGGAGACAGCAGCACCCCAGGAGCGAGACCAGGGAUUGGUGUGGUUCCUGUACCGGUGAUUUUAUCUGAAUCAGGAUCCCAGCCUCAUUCUCUGCAAUCUGGAACCACUGGGCCCAUAAUACCCCUAACCACUGAUACUCAUAGUCCAUCUGAAGACAGGAAACAGCAGAGGAUGGAGAGAGAGAUGCGUCAGGAAGAGAACAAGAGAGUAGAGGAGGAGGAGAGGAAGAAGCAGACAGUGGAGAAGGAGAGGAUGGAGAAGGAGAAGCUGGCCGCAGAGAAGGAGAGGGUGGAGAAGGAGAAGCUGGCCGCAGAGAAGGAGAGGGUGGAGAAGGAGAAGCUGGCCGCAGAGAAGGAGAGGGUGGAGAAGGAGAAGCUGGCAGCAGAGAAGGAGAGGGUGGAGAAGGAGAAGCUGGCAGCAGAGAAGGAGCGGGUGGAGAAGGAGAAGCUGGCAGCAGAGAAGGAGCGGGUGGAGAAGGAGAAGCUGGCAGCAGAGAAGGAGCGGGUGGAGAAGGAGAAGCUGGCAGCAGAGAAGGAGAGGGUGGAGAAGGAGAAGCUGGCAGCAGAGAAGGAAGAGGGAAAGUCGUCUUCCGCCGUGGAAACGUGGACGUGA